UCUUGUGAAGAGACUGGAUUCUCGCGAGACUUUAGUAAAAUACUACUUCCGGUACUACAAGUAGUUAGCAUCUGCUUCACAACAUAAGCUCUGGAAUCCGAUGUCCCAAAGCAAGUAUACCUUUAUACACUGCUAUGAGAGAGUGGAGCAUCUCACCAACUGAUGUCAGAACAUCAAUAAUGUGUCUGUACAUGACACAUUACAUGUCAAAGACUGCCAAGCUGCAGAAAAUGUCUGAGGCCUUCAGUUCUUUGCUGAUUUAAUCUACUCUACGAACAUGGAGAAAAUGUCACGGGUUACCACAGCCCUCAGCAGCAACACAAUUAGUGGCCGAACUAUGUUCUGCCACUUGGAUGCUCCUGCCAAUGCCAUCAGCGUGUGCCGUGAUGCCACACAGGUGGUCGUAGCCGGGCGCAACAUUUUCAAGAUCUACACAAUUGAGGAGGAGCAGUUUGUGGAGAAGCUGAAUCUACGUGUUGGCCGCAAACCGUCUCUGAACUUCAGCUGUGCCGAUGUCAUGUGGCACCAGAUGGAGGAGAACCUACUGGCUACGGCUGCCACCAAUGGAGCAGUGGUCACAUGGAAUCUGGGAAAGCCUUCUCGCAACAAGCAGGAUCAACUGUUUACUGAGCACAAACGCACUGUCAACAAAGUCUGCUUCCACCCCACAGAAGUUUACAUGCUGCUGAGUGGCUCACAGGAUGGCUUCAUGAAGUGCUUUGACCUGCGUAAAAAAGAGUCUGUCAGUACAUUCUCAGGUCAGUCAGAGAGUGUAAGGGACGUCCAGUUUAGCAUGAAGGAUUAUUUUACAUUUGCUGCAUCCUUUGAAAAUGGCAAUGUCCAGCUGUGGGACAUUAGACGUCCAGAUCGGUAUGAGCGAAUGUUCACUGCCCAUACUGGCCCUGUGUUCUGCUGUGACUGGCAUCCUGAUGACAGGGGUUGGCUGGCCACAGGAGGCAGAGACAAGAUGGUGAAAGUUUGGGACAUGACCACAAACAGGGCCAAGGAGAUAUUCUGUGUCCAGACGAUUGCGUCAGUGGCUAGAGUUAAAUGGCGGCCUGAGAGGAAGUUUCAUUUGGCCACCUGCUCCAUGAUGGUGGACCACAACAUCUAUGUGUGGGACAUUCGCAGACCUUUUAUUCCGUUUGCCAUGUUUGAGGAGCACAAAGAUGUGACCACUGGUAUUGUGUGGCGUCAUCAGCAUGACCCUCACUUUCUGCUCUCUGGCUCUAAAGACAGUACACUCUACCAGCAUAUGUUUAAGGACGCCACUCGUCCUGUGGACAAGGCAAACCCUGAGGGUCUUUGCUUUGGACUGAUGGGCGACUUGGCCUUUGCAGCCAAGGAGAGUCUGAUCAGCAGUGACACCAACAGGAAGCCCUACCCUGGAGGUGACCGUCGCUACCCCAUCUUUUUCUUCAAGAAAGCUGACCCGACAGAACAGUUUGCCCACGUGUCCAGUGCUCUUAGUGUCUUUGAGACAGAUUUAGAAAGUAACCGCAUGGACUGGUUUGUCAAAACAGCACAACUCUACCUCCUCAGCGGUAAGCCUUUUGCUGAGCUGUGUGAUCACAAUGCCAAGGUGGCCCAGGAACUCAAAAGACCCCAGGUUUCCACUACGUGGACCAUGCUGAGAAUAAUGUUCUCUGACCCAGCGAACCUCACUGCAUCUGGUCCUAACCACAACCUCAGUAAACUCGGUUCCUUACCUUUAAUAAACAGUUUCAGUAUGAAAGAAAUGGGUUCAGGGAUGGGCACAGAGAGCAGAAUGGAGCGCAGUAAAGGUGAGGGCAGACAGGAUACCAUCCACCUGGAGCCGGGGAACUCGCACAUCAGCAAUAAUAAUGAAGGCACAACAUGUAUAAUCAACAUUAAUUCAAUUUCAGAAAAUGAGGAGACAGAGGGCAGUGAUGGCCCGGCAGAAUAUAUGUUUGGUGAUGCUGAAUUAGAUGAUGAUGACCUCUAUACCGUGGAGCAUGAUAACCAGACAGAAGAGCAGGAGUACACACUGCCCCAGGAGGCUUUUCAGCUGCGCCAUGAGAUUUUGGACAACCCAUCUGCUCCGGAGCACCUUCAGCAGGACAAGGCCGACUCCCCACAUGUCAGCGGCAACGAGGCAGAAGUCCCUUGUCUGACACCCACUGAGUCUUUCUCUCUCAUCUCCAUUUCCCAGCCACAAUUUAGCCCACAUCUACCUGCUAGCUUCUUCUGCCCCAUUGUGCGAGAAAUGCUGAGCUACUAUGCCGAACAAGGCGAUGUGCAGAUGGCUGUGUCUGUGCUCAUUGUCUUGGGGGAAAGGAUCCGUAAGGAGAUUGAUGACCUCACCCAGGAGCACUGGUACAUGUCCUACAUAGACCUGCUGCAGCGGUUCGAGCUGUGGAACGUGUCCAAUGAGGUCAUCAAACUGAGUACGUGCAGCGCCAUCACCUGCUUGAACCAGACAUCUACAACACUGCACAUCAACUGCAGCAACUGCAAGCGACCAAUGAGUAACAAGGGCUGGAUAUGUGACAGGUGUCACCAGUGUGCCAGUGUUUGUGCAGUCUGCCACCAUGUGGUGAAGGGACUGUUUGUGUGGUGUCAGGGUUGCAGCCAUGGUGGACAUCUGGAGCACAUUAUGAACUGGCUCAAGAGCAGCACUUACUGCCCUGCCGGCUGCGGUCACCUGUGCGAGUUCACAUGAACAAGUCGCAACCACUGUUCACACAGCUGUUCCUCCAUGGGAGAGGGAAAACCUCCUCAAACCCACCUGGAAAACACAUGCAAACUGGUGCCACAGAGUGAUUACAUACCACCAUCAUUCUACAUGUGCCUGAAGUGUUUUGUGGAAAGAUGGAUGGAUGACUUUGUUAGAUCUGACGAAAGGUUCUGACAGAGGAAGAGGUACCUGUGCUCUGUUCUGGACAGUCAUUUAAGACCCAGCACAAUAACAUGUGAUUCAUGUUCACAUGAAAUGGUCAAUGAGCUGCUGGUAAAAUCAUGUAAGCAGAAGUGAUAACAGCAGUGGGUGUGUAUUCACAUUUGCUUGGUUUUACGGUUUAUAAACCUUCUGUACAUGACAAAUGAUCUGCUCAUCUUCAGUGAGCCUGUUCAUACUACUGUGAGGUACUGAAGACAAUGUUGCUUUAUAUUAUCAAAAGCUAUGGUUCUCAAUUAAAGCAAUACAAUAAAGCAACACAUCUGACUCUGAGUUGUUCUGUACCUUAAAAGCCUGACGAUGAUUGUUAUUUUUCUCCUUUGAGCUCCACCUCCUCACAAAAUAACUGAUCUCGGUGGAUUAGUGUGAUGUAAAAGGCAUCACUCGAGGGCACCUCAGAGGGGGAGAGAAAACAUAUCUUAACCUUCAGGGGCCCUGACAUCCCAAUUAGCAUCCAGCCAACAUCUUCAGCUUCUAGUUACAGAGUAGAUGUUUACCUGUCAUAUCUCACUACUCUACAUGAUUAGUUAUUUGAAGUACUCCUCAGUAUUUAUCCCACCCACUCCUAUCCUGCUAUUAAAUUGUAAAUCAGCAGCAGAGCAUCACUACAGACGGUAGUUUAGCUUCCCUUCAUUACCUGUGCUGCUUUGUGUCCGAUGUUUUUAAACAGAUU